CCUCCGGGCCCCUGCCCUCCCCGCCGCCGCCAUGAGCACCAGCCUUCGCUACAAGAGCAAGCUGGUGAACCCAGUGGAGGAGAAGCAGGACCAUGACAAGCAGUAUGUGGGCUUUGCCACGCUGCCCAACCAGGUUCAUCGCAAGUCUGUAAAGAAGGGAUUCGACUUCACGCUCAUGGUCGCCGGGGAGUCCGGCCUGGGCAAGUCGACCCUGGUGAACAGCCUGUUCCUGACGGACCUCUACAAGGACAGGAAGCUUCUCAAUGCCGAGGAGAGAAUCAAUCAGACAGUCGAGAUCCUGAAGCACACGGUGGACAUCGAGGAGAAGGGUGUGAAGCUAAAGCUGACCAUUGUGGACACACCGGGUUUCGGGGAUGCUGUUAACAACACCCAGUGCUGGAAGCCCAUCACAGACUACGUGGACCAGCAGUUUGAGCAGUACUUCCGGGACGAGAGCGGCCUCAACCGCAAGAACAUUCAGGACAACAGAGUCCACUGCUGCCUCUAUUUCAUCUCUCCCUUCGGGCAUGGGUUGAGGCCAGUGGAUGUGGAGUUCAUGAAGGCCCUUCACGAAAAAGUGAACAUCGUCCCUCUUAUUGCCAAAGCCGACUGCCUCGUCCCAGGAGAGAUCCGAAAACUGAAGGAGAGGAUCCGGGAGGAGAUCGACAAGUUUGGGAUCAAGGUGUACCAGUUCCCAGACUGUGACUCCGACGAGGACGAGGAAUUCAAGCAGCAGGACCGAGAGUUAAAAGAGAGUGCCCCCUUCGCCGUCAUAGGCAGUAAUACCGUGGUGGAGGCCAAGGGCCAGCGGGUCCGGGGGAGGCUCUACCCCUGGGGCAUUGUGGAAGUGGAGAACCAGGCCCACUGCGACUUUGUGAAGCUUCGAAACAUGCUGAUCCGGACGCACAUGCACGAUCUGAAGGACGUGACCUGUGACGUGCACUACGAGAAUUACCGGGCCCACUGCAUCCAGCAGAUGACCAGCAAACUGACCCAGGACAACCGGAUCGAGAGCCCCAUCCCCAUUCUGCCUGUGCCCACCCCAGACACAGAGACAGAGAAGCUGAUCAAGAUGAAGGAUGAGGAGCUAAGGCGCAUGCAGGAGAUGCUACAGAAGAUGAAACAGCAAAUGCAGGACCAGUGAUGCUGGGGUGACUUGGGGCUCACCCCAAGAAGGCCCUCCUCUGCCUCCUCUGGGGGGUGAGGAGGCCAGGCCCUCCUUGCUGUCUAGAGGCUCUCCAUGUGGGAACCCCCUAGGCAGACCCCUAAUUUAUUCUCAGCCUGUGCCGGCCGGCCCAGAAUAGGGCCAGAUGCUCCCUGUGUGACUCAGGCCUCCUGGGCUAGGCACCACCCGCUCUGAGGCUUGGGUGGCAAGGAAGAGAAUGGCACGGGGCAGCUAGCCCCCGCCUUCGCCCGGCCCCUCUCCCAUCUAGGGGGCUGAGGCCUCGCCAGCCAUGCCUCGGACCUAGGCCCAGCUCCACGUGCCUCCCUGCCUCGUAAGGACCAAGGCCUGUCCUGGGCCCCCACUCCCCAUCACCCGGUUCCCUGUAGACUUGGGGGUGUGGGGAAUGGUCAGGCUCCCCCUCCUGCUUCCUUCCUCCCUUUUUUCCCUCCUAGGGCCCCCCUUCUCCCCCCUGCUGGGAAGGGGGGGGGACUAUGGUGCAGGCAGAUAAGGGCUAUGUGGUUCCCCCUCUCCCCCUCGACCUAGCCAGCCCUGCCUAUUUGGGGAGGGGAAAGGCCAGAGGACAUAUAGGAUCAUGGGAAUGACUGCCAGAAGAGACCUGAAGGGCCUUCUAGCCUAUGCCUCUCAUUUACAAAUGAGGUGUCACAAGGCACAGAGCAGUGGCUCUGGAGUCAGGAAGACCUGAGUUCAAAUGCUG